AUGAAGCUCCUCAACAUCGCCCUUGCUUCUUUAGGCUUAGCGUCUGCGGCCACCGUCAACACAAAGAAGGUCAACUACGAUGACUGGAAGGUGUACCGCGUCAAUGUCGGUGCCAACGCUGCCAAAAUCGACGAUGUCAUGAGCAAGCUUUCACUUGACUUGUGGAAGGGCAAGCCAACAUCUAGUGAUGUGGUCGACGUUAUGGUGCCACCUUCGGCAGUCAAGGACUUCGAGACGUCUACGAAGGAUAUAGAGGCCGGUGCAGCACCAAGUGCCUCCUGGUUCAACGCGUACCACUCGAUUGCCGAUCAUAUGCAAUGGAUCACGGACCUUGCCGCGGCGUACCCAAAGAACGCUGAAGUAGUCUCUGCUGGCAAAUCGGUUGAAGGCCGCGACAUCAAGGGUAUCCACAUCUGGGGCAACGGCGGCAAAGGAUCGAAGAGAGCGGUAGUAUGGCACGGCACAGUCCACGCACGAGAGUGGAUCACGACAAUGGUCGUUGAGUACGCUGCGUACCAGCUCCUCACAUCUACCGACUCCACCACGGCUGGAUUCAAGAACUCGUACGACUUCUACAUCUUCCCCAUCGUGAACCCAGAUGGCUUCGCAUACACCCAAUCAGCCGACCGCUUAUGGCGCAAGAACCGCCAGACCACUCCCUCGGCGUCUUGCGUAGGCCGCGACAUCAACCGCAACUGGCCUUCCCACUGGGACCUACCCCAAGGCGCAUCGACCUCCCCCUGCGCACAAGAUUACAAGGGUCCCUCUGCAGGCGACGGUGUAGAGACUAAGCUGCUCAAGGCCCAACUCGACAGCCUAGCCGCCGGCCGCGGAAUCGCGCUGUACAUGGAUAUCCACGCCUACAGCCAGCUUUGGAUGUACCCGUACGGAUACACAUGCUCUGGUGUCGUCCCCAACUCCUCGAAGUAUGCUUCCCUUACCAAGGGCGCCAUCGCCGCUGUCAAGGCUGUGCACGGAACUACAUUUACAGGUGGACCUAUUUGCAACACUAUCUACCAGGUCAGCGGCGACUCAGUGGACUACGCCUUCGAGGUUGCCAAGGCAAACUACUCCAUGACCGUGGAGCUAAGGGACACCGGCAACUACGGAUUCGUCCUGCCCGCUGCGCAGAUCUUGCCCAGUGGUGAGGAGAUGUGGGCUGGUUUGAAGUACUUGUUGGCGAACAUGUAG